AUUUAUUCUUCGAUUUACCUUUCGGUGAAAUUCGCAAUCGGAUCUGCUCCAUUUGAUUAUAAACAAGUCAUGAUUUUGAGUCAAACAAUGGUUGCUGAGGCUGAGAUCAGGGUUCUUGACGUUAAGUGCCAUAUCUCCUCCGCUGCUAAAGAUCAGAAGAAUUUUCAGAUCGACGAAGUUCGUGUUUCUGAGUCUGUUCGUGCUGAGAUUUCUGGUUCUGCUGAAACGCCUCGAUUCGGAUCGGGCAUGAGUUGUGUAACUACUACCAUUGGAGAAUCAACCAGUGAGUUUAUUCCAACUAUACGAUCAGGGAGCUUUGCUGACAUUCGAAGCCGAGAAACCAUGGAAGAUGAACACAUUUGCAUAGAUGACUUGUCAGCUCAUCUUAGGUCCUUCAAUUUCUCGGUACCAAGUGCUUUUUAUGGCGUGUUUGAUGGACAUGGUGGACCUGAGGCAGCAGUUUUCAUGAAGGAGAACUUGACUAGAUUGUUUUUUCAAGAUGCUGUAUUUCCAGAGAUGCCCUCCAUUGUGGAUGCGUUUUUCUUGGAAGAACUGGAGAAUUCCCACCGAAAGGCUUUUGCUUUGGCUGAUCUUGCCAUGGCUGAUGAAAGCAUUGUCAGUGGUUCAUGCGGGACAACCGCCUUGACCGCUCUCAUAAUCGGACGACAUCUUCUGGUUGCUAAUGCUGGAGAUUGUCGUGCAGUGCUAUGUAGGAGAGGAGUGGCUGUUGAUAUGUCUUUCGAUCACAGAUCAACAUAUGAGCCAGAACGAAGGCGGAUUGAGGAUUUAGGAGGAUACUUUGAGGACGGAUACCUCAAUGGGGUCCUAGCUGUCACCCGUGCUAUUGGGGAUUGGGAACUGAAGAAUCCUUUCACUGACUCCUCUUCACCACUGAUUUCUGACCCAGAGAUUCGACAGAUCAUUCUAACAGAGGACGACGAGUUCUUGAUUUUGGCAUGUGAUGGUAUAUGGGAUGUGUUGUCAAGCCAGAAUGCAGUGAGUAAUGUAAGGCAAGGUUUAAGGAGGCAUGGUGACCCGAGACAAUGUGCGAUGGAACUUGGAAAAGAAGCAGCUAGACUCAACUCAUCAGAUAAUAUGACGGUUGUAGUCAUCUGCUUCUCCUCAGUCCCGUCUUCACCUAAACAACCGCAGAGGCGAAGAUUAAGAUUCUGUGUUUCUGAUGAAGCCCGAGCUCGGUUACAAGCAAUGCUUGGAGGCGAGUGAAAGCAGUUUUUUUGGCGAGAGAGAGAUAGAGAAAAAGGAGCCUGAAGUUUUGGUAGGAUUAUUGAAACUGAUAAUGAGGAUUUCAUUUUUGUUCUUGAGGAUUAGUUAUGUUGUAGUACCCAUUAUUGAUUGUUUUA